UGACAUCAAUAGCCUGACGUUUUGUGUUUCGUUAGCAACGAGGCCUACAAGUAGAGUGUGGUGGCUAUUUACUCAGUCCCCAUUUGUAACGUUUCCAUCAGUUUACUUCAGGCAACUACAGAGGAUACCGACUUCGACACCUUUUGUUGGACUCCAGAGUUAAUUUUGGAGUAGCUGUCAAAAUGGCCACCCAACUUCGCCCUACAACUCGCUUCCAGCCUCCAGACUGGUUCACUAGCAACUACACCAUCUCUACCAAUGCUGAGCGACAGAGGGAUGCUUCACACCAAGUCAGACAAGAAGGCAGAUUCUUAAGAAAUGAAACAGACAAUCAAACAAAAUGGGAUCAGCAUUCAAAUAAUGUCCGUCUAGCAGAUAGAGUAGAUAAUAUCAGGAAAUGGAAAGAAAUUCUGGAGAAGACUCUAGCUGACAUAGACAAAGAAAUAGCUGACCUCACUGAAUCCAAGGAACAGACCGAGCAAGCACUUGAGGCCAAGAACUUGCCGUUGGAUGUAGCCAUUGAGUGUCUGACUCUGAGGGAGGGCAGGCAAUCCAUUGAUGUGGUUCAGGAUGAUCCAGAGGGUCAGCUGCACAAGGAAGUUGAAGUGAUUGAGGGAAUCAAGAAACAGCUGCAGCAGCGUGUGAAUGAGUCUUUUGAGCAGCUGUGUCUGCUGCAGGAAGCUCGUCAACAGCUGCAGGCUGACCUCCAGGACAAGAACAUUGCUCUGGGUAUUGACAUUGACCAAUACAACCUCACUGACCGCUCCCCAAACAUCAGCUUCAAGCCAGAUUCACUCAGAGUCCCCAAGGGGAGUACCACCCCUCAGCAAUGGGAAGACUUUAGUCGCUACAACAAAGAACGUGCUGAGGCUGAGAUGAAGGCAUCCACCAGACUACGAGAGGCAAUCCAUCACACUCUCCAGCAGACUGCCAAUGACUUAGAGGCUCAAAGAAUUGCUACGGAAUACGCCUUCAGGAAGAGGAUCCACGAGUUUGAGAGAGCAAAGGAUGAACUGGAGUGGCAGAAGAAGAAUACUGAGGAGGAAAUUGCUGAUAUGGAGAAUGACAUUCGUGGCCUGGAAGAAUCCAUCCGUGCGAAGAUCAAUCCAAUGAAACUGGCCCAAACUCGUCUUGAGAACCGUACAUACCGACCAAAUGUGGAGCUGUGCCGGGAUGCUCCCCAGUAUGGGUUGACUGAUGAGGUCAAGCAGCUUGAGGCCACCAAGCGGGCACUAGAAGAAAAGUGCAACCAGGCAAAACAUGCUCUGGAUGGCCUUGAGAAGAACCUCCAUCGCAUCAAUGAUGACCUCGCUCUUAAGAACAACUCGCUGAUGCUGGACAACCGCUGCAUGAACGUACGUCAGAAGCUCCAGGCCCGCCCACAGAGCACCAUCGAGAGGAAUCUCACACUCACUGGCAUGGAGCGACAGAGGUCAACCGUUCUUGCCUAACCAGGAACAUCACAAAUAAAUCAUUUAACUAAGAUUCUCAUGUCAGCUGUGCAAAUAUCAAUUUUAUGUCAACACGUUGAAUAUAGAUCUCAAAUCAAGUCCAAUAUUUUAUCACAACACAUGUAAAAUUGUCCUGAGCAAAUGUACAUUUUUAUUACUGUUAUGAAUAUUUUCUAUGCAGUUGAUGCAUUGAAGUUUAAACUGUUCUACAAUUUCAUUUAUAACAAAAUUGGAAACUUGUAUAUAAGCAUGCAGGUUUAUAUACUGGAGUCUGUGGACAAUUGAAUCAUGUGAAUGGAAUAUAUAUGUGUUAUAGGAUUACAGCAUCAGUAUUCAACUGCUUUCUUCCUGUUGUUGUGUUUCUCACAAAUAUCUACCUUGUUGUAAAUACUUUCUGACUGCAAUGUGUGUUUCAGUUACAGUAUCAUGUAGAAUGACAAUAACUUGGGUUACUGCUACUGCAAGAUCCUCUGUUUCAGAUGACUUGUACUGGCCAUACAUACAAAAGAACAACCGCUUACUUAAUUUGUCAUGAAUGUGUAAAUAUGAAAAGAAAAGUGUACAAAAAGAUAAUAAAUGUGCUCCAGAUGUG